AUGCUACCUCUUGCCAGGGAAGAAAGAUCCAUGCCAAAUCAAAUCCUAAUUGCAUCCUGGCACCUUUCCGUAAUAUCCCUACGCACCGCCAACACAGAGAGGGUCUCGACUAGACAGACACAUAACGAACAAGAACCCCCUGCUGUACCCGCUGUUCCAUUGGCUUUCGUGAAUUCAUAUAACAGUGCUCAAGCCAGGUUUGCCAGUCCCGGUCAAUCCAUUCAUGAAAAUUCGCAUGACGGUCCCAGCCCUGAGCCCAGCGCAGCAAUGGAGAUAUUGGAACACCAGGAAGGUGUUUGGUAUCCAGCACACUUGGUUGCAUAUCUUUAUUCAAUCCAGGCAAUGAAGGGUGAAUUGUGGGAGCAGGAGGAGUAUGAAGGUGGUGUUGGUGUUGGUGUUGCUGUGAUAGACGUCAAAAUGAAAUGGACUAAACAACCGGAUUGGGGUGCUAGAACCAGCAUUGGCAAGAGUUCUAUCAACGUCACUAAGAUUCUGAACACCAAUUAG